AUGCUUGGAAGGAAAAACGCCAGCAGGAACAUUAGAAUGUCAUUGCAUUCACCUUCUAAGUCGAAUUCAAGAAACUCAACUCCAAAUGAAAUAAAACCUAUGCCGGAAUUUGGAAAUGGUUCUGAUGCCGCUGUUGAAGAAAGGGGAACUAGUACAGAUAAUGGUGAGCAAGAUGUAUCUGAUACGACAGGUAGAGAAAAGCUGUCGACAAGUUCAGAUCGUAAUGGGGGAAAUGGUAUCAAUACGGAAAAUAAAGAAAAUAAUAAGAUAUUAUCCAAGAAUAAUUUGGAUUUGCUGCUGAAACAAUAUCAGAAUAUAUUAGAUAAUUCAAAGAAGGACACUAAAAGCAUAAACAAGAAUCAGGAGGAGGAAAGAAAUGAUGAUAUUGAAAAACAAAUUAUCAAGAAGAAUUCAGCUAUUGUAACUCAUCCAUGCAGCAAUUGUGUUAGUUUAGCAAAAGAAUGUAGAAUAAUAAUAGGAUUAGAAGUGUGUAUCUAUUGUGAGAAGAACAAAUCGGCAUGCGAUCUUCUUGCUAAGAAUGGAAAUAAUAAGCAAAUUUAUAAUGAGAUGUUAGUGGAAAAUUUAUCAAACAAACGUAAAUAUAAAGAAUUCUAUUCAAAUAUGAAGCAUCUGAAAAAAAGUAAAAGUUUAAAUACAAUAAGUCCUGCUAUUUCUAAACCUUAUGAAAAUCUAUUCACCACUUCUCAUUCUGAAUCAAUGAUGAACGUAAGCUCUUUCAAUGGAACACAAGGUAAUUCAUUUUCUAAUUUUCAAAAAUCAAUAGCUAAUAAAGUUCCAGACUCAAAUAAGUCAGAUACUAAUUUACAACAAUUGAAAAAUAUUUCGAAUACAUCAGAUCAAUCUCCUAAAGAAGUUAAAAUUCAAUAUCCGAGAUCAUCAUUUUAUGUUGGGUCAACUUCUGUGUAUGAUAUUACUCUCAUAAAUAACACUAAGCUAGACAUGGUACAGCAAGUCCAACUAUCCAGUUCUCUCUCAUUACGAAAAGUUGCACCAACAACACAAUUUUUAAUAAAAGAUGAUAAUGAUAGACUUUCUCAAUUAAUUCAAGAAAGGGAAGUAGAUGUGGUGGAAAGAUUGGUUUAUCCAACAGGUAAAAUUUUAAUAAGUAUAUUUUUUAAAAUGGUUCAUCCUUAUAUACCAAUUUUACAUGAAUCAGUAUUCUUGGAAAAAUAUACAAGAUCAUAUAAGGAACUAACAGCGCCUCUUUUGGCUACUGUUUAUUCAUUAGCAUUGCAAUGGUGGGAUUCUCAUCCAAGUUUAGUGAGUAUGCCAAAACCUGAUAUUGAAGAGCAAUUAAACAAAAUCGCAUACAGAAGUUUCUUCGACCUAGUAGAUAAACCGAAAUUAAGUCUCAUCCAAACUGGCUUGUUACUUUUACAGGUAAGGUCAGAAGUUUCAAAUAAUUGGGUCAUUUGUUCAGCAUUAGUGGCAUUAGCAGAAGAGCUUGGUUUAGGCGUUGAUUGUGAAGAAUGGAAGCUACCGCAGUGGGAGAAGGGAUUGAGACGUCGUUUGGCAUGGGCAGUCUGGUCACAAGAUAAGUGGACAGCUGUUCUAGAGGGUAGACAAUCACAUCUUAUAUUGGGUCAUAAUUGGAUGGUGAAGCCAUUAACAGAUAGUGAUUUACCUUCAAGUUCUCGAACUAUUAACAAUCACCAGAAGUUGAAUAUUGAUUCAUAUACACCUACGAUUCCAGAAAUACCAUUAUUGGAUAUGUCUCUAACAGAUGAUGAUUUUAGCAAUGGUUUAUCAAUGUUCAAAUAUCGUGUAGCGUUGAGCAUCAUCCUUGGCGAAAUUAUGAACACAUUCUAUUCGAAGAGCACAGAACAAAUUACAGAUAUUGAAGAAAUAUUAAAACUUGCUAAACCUCUUCAGCUGAAGCUUAGAAGUUGGUAUCAAAAAUUGCCUUCAGAGCUAUCCAUGAGCAGUUUUACAAAGGGAAAGUUUAACAGUAAUGCAUCUUUAACACUGUCAUAUUUUAUUGUGGAGUUAACCUUGCAUAGAAGAAUUCUUACAAGUUUGAAGGGUAAUACUGCUCCAGAGAUUGUUAAUGUUUGUAGAACAGCUGCAAAAAGUAGAUUGGUUGCAGCUAUCGAUUUUGUUUCAGGAUUGAAGGAAGAGCAUAUAAAUUCGUUUUGGCAUACUUCAUGUACUGGAGGUCUGAUUCUUAUCGCAACUUUUGCAUCAUUACUAUUCGUGACUUCUAAAUUUAAAGAAGAGUCUUCUGUAUUUAGAGACCAUCUAAGAAGAUAUAUAUGGAUGUUGAAAACUGGAUCCAAAUCAUUUGAUAAAGAAAAAAAUGCCCUAGAUAGAAUCCAUAUGUUGUUAGUGCAGAUUCCUGGGUUGUUAACUGAUUCAACCGAAUUGUCAUUACUUCCAAAUAGGUUUCAAAUACCAGAAUCAGUAUCUCCACAGAGGUCUUUAUUAGAAAUGUCUAGUAUGAAUGAUUUAAAUUUUUCUAUUCCCCAAUCUAAUUUGUCAAAAUUAAAUUCAUUUGACUACUUACAACAGCCUCUGUCUACCACAAAUAUUCUAGAAGCUCAAAAUUCUCUAACUCAAUCUCCGUCAGUUGACUCUCACAAAAGUAAUACACCGAUGAACCAUUAUUCGAUAUUCAGUAACAGGAAUGAUAUUUCAUCGGAAACCAAAGCAAAUAAAAAAACGCUUUACAAAAAAGAUAAUGGUGUAACUUCAUUGAAGAACAAUACCGAUCUGAAUAAAACUACUUCAUCGAUUGAUGACAAUUCCACAAAUUUAGCAAACAACAAGGAUAGUAGGGAAAGUAGUGAGGAUAUAGCUGUUAUCUCGAAUAACAGUCAUAGCGUAUUUGAUAAAAAUAAUUAUAGAAACACAUUAAAUGACAUCAAUUUAAAAGAUUCUAAAUAA